CUCUGCAGCGCUCAGCAGCUUGCUCUGGUCGCUACCGAUUAUCAGCAAUAAGUCAGUUGUCUUGGAAACCUGUCACCUUGAGGCGGAGCAACGGAAAAAGGCGUCCAGAGGCAGAGUAAAUGUGUGAGACUGGUUUCAGCAGAACUAACUUCAGGAGACCGUCGCUGAAAUCAUUACAGAGAAGAACACCUGAUCAGAGCUCAGCAGACUUUUGGUGCAAAUCAGAGAGAAGAAGAACCGUAAGCCAACAAAUGCUUCAUUAGGACAGAGGAAAGGGGGUUUGCUGAAUGCAAAGUUCACCACAUCCUGUUUGGGUCUUUUUCUGGCAUUUUCAGUUUCAUCUGCGUGAUGAACUCUGUCUGAAAUCCUCCGUGUCUCUGCUUAGGUUUGGAAGUAAAACCCGGCUGAGUGAGCGGUCCUGUCAGGAAGAUGGAGCGUCCUCUUUCUCUUCGCCUCUCUGCAGCAGCAGGAAACAUGCAGGGUUUCAGCCGCCGUGGGAAGAUGUUGCUGCAUGUCUGCUUCAUGGUCUCAGCUUGCUGUGGUGGUUUUCCUGCUGCCGUGGCCGAGUUCUCCCUGUGGCAGCCUGUGGUGGUCGCUGGCCCGCUGGGCCACAGCGUCCUGCUGCCCUGCCAGCUGCAGGACUCCCAGCGUGAGAAGCUCCUCAACCGGCCCGUCCUGUACUGGGAGGUCGAUGGGAAACAACUCCCGUUUAACGAGAACAAAACCUCCGCCAGUCCCAACAAAUCUAUUGAGCUGUCGGAGGUGCGGUGGUCCGACGGCGGGACGUACGAGUGCAAACUGUCCAUCAGGACCGACAAGAGAGGAAGCUUCAGGCUGAAGGGAAACAAAACCACGCUGAUCGUCCACGAUGCCAUGACCUUUGACCUCUGCAGCCACCAUGACUCCCUGCUGCGCUGUGAGGUCACCGUGUCGCACGAUCCGGGUUUGACUCUGACGCUGAGCAGAAACGACUCCGUCGUGCAGAGCUCCGCCCCCUCAGAGCGCCGCGCCGCCAACGGCACCGUCACUCUGGCUGCAACCGUCCCGCUGACCGGCAACGGGCAAUAUGUCUGUCAACUGAAGCUGCACGACGUCCUGAUAACCAGCAGCAACUUCCACAGCCAGCAGGCGGAUGAGCGGCGCCGGUACCCGGAGCCGUGGCUCCUCUACGCGGGCCUCCUGCUGGUGCCGGCCCUGGUCCUGCUGGCCAUGGCGGCGGCCAUGUUGAUGUGCAGAUGAGCUCUCCGGUCCUCCAGGUCUCCCGGAUCUACUGGACCCGCACGCAGCUCUUCAGGUGGGAUUCACAUCCCCUCGUUUCCAUGACAACCAGCAGGACAUGUGGGAGGUUUCUGAGUCUGGACCGGAGGAUCAGAACUGGUUUGAUGUGAAUCCCAGCCCGCUCGUCUCGGUUCCUCUUCCUCUGGACUCAUGUUUAGUUUCUGUGAAACUGUUAAGUUAAUGUUGUCAUUAAAAACUUUAAGAAAUAAAACUUUUCUCUCUUCAUUUCAAACGUUCUGGUUGGUUUUAUGGUUGUUAUGUUCAUUUUUUUAUUGAACAAAUUUUUUGUUUUAAGCAAAAAACAUUUUUAUAUUUUUAUUCAUGGAUGUCUGCUUGUUUUCCAGCCCCACAGCAUGAUACUGCCACCUCCAAUAACCAGUUUCAUUCUUUCAUAAAGUUUUCCUGUUAUUGUGGUGAAACUGCUCCAUUUCUGCCUCGUCUGACCUUUGAACUCUCCAGAAGGUUUUCUGUUGGUCCAGUGUUUUCUCUCUGGACAUUCAGUCCAAUUUUACCUGAGACGCAUUGACAAUAAAUACUAUUGACCAAAGUAAAAUACCAGAGGAAAACAUGGAGAAAGCUGCUCAGCUGUUAGCUGAAGGGUCUGAUGUCACUGAGAAGGUUAUAAAAAACAAAUCAACUGUUUUUACGUUGUUGUAUUAUUGGUUAAGAGAUGCCCGUUUUAUUUAUUAAAUA